AUGAAGAAGAUUCAAGAUUCGUGGAGUGUUUUAAUUAUUCUGAUUGGUGUAUUUGGAAUUAUUGUUAAUGCUAAAGGCUAUCACUACGAUGACACACCAUCAGAGGAAGAUGAGGAUGAUGGCUCAGUACCGCGUAUUACUGAACAUCCUGUCGAUACAACAGUGCCAAGACAUGAUCCAGCUACAUUAAAUUGUAAAGCAUCGGGGAUUCCUGAACCAACAGUAACAUGGUAUAAAGAUGGAUCACCGGUUCGAUCAACAGAGCAUCGUAUGGUAUUACCAGCUGGAUCAUUAUUCUUUCUACGUGUUGCACAUGGACGACGUGAGUCUGAUGCAGGAGUUUAUUGGUGUGUUGCCAGUAAUGUUCAUGGGCAUGCAAGAAGUCGUAAUGCUACAUUACAAGUUGCAGUUUUACGUGAUGAAUUUCGUUUGGAACCACAAAACACAAGAGCUGCUCAAGGUGAUACAGCAUUAUUAGAAUGUGGACCACCACGUGGUAGCCCUGAGCCAACAGUCACAUGGCGUAAAAAUGGGCAAACUUUGGAUUUAGACAAUAGUAAACGAAUCCGUCUUGUGGAUGGAGGAAAUUUAGCUAUUACUGAUGUUCGUCAAUCUGACGAUGGACGUUAUCAAUGCGUUGCACGUAAUAUUGUUGGAAUGCGAGAAAGUGUGGUUGCACAACUUCGCGUUCAUGUGAAACCUUUCUUAAUACGCGGACCACAAGAUAUAAGUGCGUUAGAGGGAGAAAGUGUUGAAUUUACCUGUCAUGUUGGAGGAGAUCCAAUGCCAGAUGUUUUAUGGCGAAGAUCUGCUGGAGGUGGAAAUAUGCCUUUAGGCCGUGUUCAUAUUUUAGAAGAUCGAAGUUUGCGUUUAGAUGACGUAACAUUGGAAGAUGAAGGAGAAUACAGUUGUGUAGCUGAUAAUGCAGUAGGAGCAGUUACCGCAUCUGGAACUUUGACUGUUUACUCACCACCAAAAUUAACCAUUCGUCCAGUAGCCGUUUCAACAGAAAAAGGACAAGAUGCAAGAUUUGAGUGCGCUGCAACUGGAAAUCCUAGACCCAGUUUAUUUUGGACUACAGAGGGAACUCGUCAACUGUUACUACCUGGUGCCAGUCAUGGUCGAUUGUCCGCUACUUCUCCAUCUAGUACCUCAGUAACUGGCUCAGAUAUUCGAUCAAUGUUGACUUGGAGAGAUGCUGAAAAGACCGAUAAUGGUAUGAUUGUUGUAUGCUCUGCUGUUAGUUCUGCUGGAUCGAUAACAGCACGAGCAAGAUUAACAGUUACGUCAGAAGAGGAUCGUUUACCACCUAUAAUUGUUCAAAAUCCAUCUGAUCAAACGCUACCAGUACAUUCUGUUGCUACAUUCCGAUGUAAAGCAGAAGGUCAUCCAAUUCCGAUUAUUAGUUGGUACCGUGGUGACAAACCAAUAUUGUCUUCAAUACGUCAUUCUAUUACAGAUGAAGGAUUUUUGGAAAUAAGUGAUUUACAAAAAUCUGAUUCCGGAAAUUAUACAUGUACUGCUUCGUCGCGUAGCGGUAAAGUUUCUUGGACUGCUAAACUUUUGGUUGAAGUGCCAACAAAUCCAAAUAUUCAUUUUUAUCGGGCCCCUGAAUUAUCAAUGUUACCAGGACCACCAAGUAAACCUCAUGUUGUUAAUCAAUCAGACAGUAGUGUUACUAUUGCUUGGAACAGAAAUAAUAAAAUUGGCUCAUCUAGUUUACUUGAAUACCAAGUAGAAAUCUACACGAAAAAUUCUGGAUGGGAAACAGCUUCAAAUCGAGUGACUGAACCAGUUUAUACACAUUAUUUAAUGUCACCUGGAAUAAUAUAUAUAUUCGUAAUUCGUGCAAAAAACUCUCAUGGAUUUUCACCACCAUCUCCUCCAUCUGAACCAAUAUCGGUUACUGCUGAAAGUAAUUGGGAAACUGUAGUUGGUAGCACCACAUUUGGAGAUCCACAAAUCACUGAAAUGGCAGAAGCUAAAGCACAACUUCUAUCUGGAAAUACUGUUAUAUUAAAUGAAGCCCAAGCAGUCCAAAGUAACGCAGUCAAAUUAAUUUGGGAGAUAAUUAAUGCGGAGUAUAUAGAAGGAUUUUAUAUAUACUACCGUCCAUUAGAUGUUCGUGGAAAACUUGAAAACGGUCAAAGUGUGAAUACAUACAGUUUACAAACUGUCUUAAAUAUAGGAACCGUAACAAGUUUUACCGUGACUGGUCUUCAUAAAUACACUCGCUAUGAAUUCUUUUUAGUUCCGUUUUAUAAAACAAUUGAUGGUCGACCAUCAAACUCUCGGAUUAUAAGAACUUUAGAAGGAGUUCCAGAUGAGUCACCUAGUCAUAUGGAAGCCAUACUAUUAAAUUCUACAGCUGUAUACUUAAAAUGGCGACCACCACAUGCUUCGUUACAAAACGGUAUACUCAGAAGUUAUCAAGUGGUGGUCCAUCGUGAAGGUCUUGGAAAUUCACCACCAAUUCAUUUAACAAACGUUACUGUAGAUUCAUCAACACCUACGCUAUUACUAACAAAUUUAACGGCAGGUAUCACGUAUUUAGUACGAGUUGCAGCUGCCACUAAAGCUGGAUUAGGGCCAUUUAGUUCACCAGCUACUCUACGACUAGAUCCAGCAUCCAGAGUUUUGGAUCAACAUCACCAAAGACAUCCAAUUGGUGCUCAUGACUUGAGAACUAAUAUGUCUGCUGAUUUCUUGACGGAAACAUGGUUUAUCGCAUUACUUGGAAGUAUGGUAGCUGUUAUGGUACUUCUGUUUGCAGCAAUGUUAUAUGUUCGUCGUCGUCACAUGCUCGCCAAAAAAGCUCAUACAAAUGCUCCCAGAUCUAAUGGUGCAGUCUUAAAUACACCUUUAAGCUUAAAAACUUCAAUUGGUCUUCCACAUCCCUUAUCAAUAAAUGGACAUGAUCCUCCGUCUCUAUGGUUAGAUAAAGAUCAAAUGUCUACCUAUACCCCGGCUAGUGUCCCUGAUUAUGCAAGACUAACACCCAAUCCAAUGCCCGAUUACGCAGAAGUAGAUGCACUUGGAUUUGGGGCUAAGCUUAUACAAAGUGACGAGGCGAAAUCACCUGCACCAUAUGCUACAACAACUUUAAUUGGCAGUGCCAGAAGCCAUGGGGGAUCAUCGAAUUGGAACCCAAAAGAUAGUCCCGAAGAACCAGUUUAUCCAUCCCUAAAUGGUGGCUAUUACAACAGAAACGUAUAUUCAGAAUCUUAUUUUCGAGGUAUGGCACCGGGAAGCUGUGUACCACCAAGGCGACUAAGUGGAGGCAAUCAUGCAAAUGGUGGACCGGAUGUGUUAAGAUCUUCGAAUAAUGUGGCUCAACAACAAAUAUACGCUCGUAUUGGUCCAUCUGGUAUUCCAUGGACCAGUACCAAAGAUCAUGAACCACAAAAUACUUCAAGUGAUAAAACUUGGGGACCAAAUAAGGGUCCUAGUUUAAGUAGUUUUGCUAGUCCACGGCAAAAUGUAUUAUAUCAUCCAUCUAGUAGAAGUGAGCCAGGUGCUUCAAUUUUGUAAUUCAGUGAUUGUUUUAUAUAAAAAAUAAACUGUUUUUUUCU